AGUCCACAAAAAAUUACAAAAAGUACAACUCCUACAUUUGAGAUUGAUGAAAUUAACACUUCUAUUUCUAACGACACAACUACUUUAAAAUUAAAAUCUCGUGAAAAUAGUUUAUUAUACUUGAAUUUUGAUUCAGAUCGUCAUUCAUCUCCGGCAAAAUCUCUUAACAAAAUAAAAAUGUCUUCGGAAAUGGACAAGAUCGAUUCUAGUGCACAAAUGCCUAAACAAUCUCUAAAUAAAUCUGAGGUACAUGAUGAUAUAAUUACACCAAAAAUUCACAUAAAUGAACCACCCAACGUUGUUACUGGUAAUGAUAAUAAUCAUUUUGAUGGUGACGAUGAUGAUCAGCAAUUAUUUGGUCCUACUUACAAUAAUAAUAAGAUGGUAAAUAUUGGCAAUAAUGUGUACUGCACGUUUAGGGUUCAUUCCAUGGCAAUUAAUGAUAAAAAAUCAGCACAUUUAAUUGCCCGUACACUAAUUUCUGGGGUUUUUAAAACUGAAGCAAUUUUUAAAAUUACUUUAUCGGGAAGAUCUCCUAGAGCUCAAGGUCGAGAUAGAAUGGAACAAGAUACAGAAGUUAUGAAUAUGAGAGCUAAAGAAGCAAAUUAUUGGUUAUUCAUUAAAAUUGGCUAACGAGAAGAAUACAAAGGAAAGUAGAAAAACAAUAAUAGCGGCAAUGCGACAAAAACUUGUGGAAUCGAAGAAACAAAUACGUGAUAAUAAUGAUAAUAUGUGAUAAUAAUGAUUUGAAUAAUAAAAA